GCUUCACAAAAGAUUGGGCUCUGUUGACAUAAGUAAGCUACAACAUAAAGCCACCCAACGCUAUGUAUCACCUGAGAGUGCCUGAGCUCUUCUUAAUGCUGUCUGUGCUGCUGCAUUGCAUCACUGCUGCCCCAAGCCACAGACACUUAAGUUCCAGCUCAUUCAACGAGGAGGAGAGUGUUCUACCAGACGACGACGGCUGGGCAGUGCCUAAGUUCCCUCUUUCUAACAACCCCUUCCUUGGACUCAUGGCGACACGAUCACAGCAAGGCCUCACGGCUAUGAACAGCCAUCCCGUGGAGAAGAGAAAGUGCAACACAGCCACCUGUGUCACCCAAAGGUUAGCAGACUUCCUGGUCCGCUCCAGUAACACCAUUGGUACGGUGUACGCACCAACCAAUGUGGGAUCUGCCACCUAUGGCAAGAGGGACCUACUACUGCCACCAGACUACUAUCUUCCUCUUUAGUAGCCCACCGUUUAUAUUAGGGAUGCCCCGAUCCAAUCUUUAGGAUCGGGAUCGGCUGCCGAUCCGCUGUAUUUUGAAGAUCGGAUAAUAUCGGCUUCCGCCACGAGAUCGGGCUGAUCCGUCUGCCGUAUAACGUCCGUAACUCUGGGCCACACUCCAACACAAUAGGUGCGGUAAUGCACCUCAAAGCUGGUCGCCGCUCGACUCCCGCCACCCGCAAGAAGAAGAAAAUGCAACACCACCAUGCAGACAUGUCCGCGGUGUACCUUGGUGAAGUUAGUUUCACGUUGGACAUUGGAUAUUCGCCUCCGUCCCCCCUCACUGUGUCUCGACUGCUGUGGCAUUGCGUGGGGAGCUCGCACGGGAAGUGCUGCUCUAACCGCCGGUUGUUUAUAAUAGGCAACGUCAAUAAAUUACUAUUGCGUUGAAGAGAGUUUGUUAAAAAAUGUCAUAUUCUAAAUCACACCACAUACAGUAUUAAUCUAUAACCAUGUCAAAUGAUUAGUCCUACUCUAAAAGUAUUUUGCACGCCCAUUUUUUCCAAUUUGAUCUUUUAUUGGAUUAGGGACCAGACACAGAAGUUUGUUUGAAGAACGGUUGUCAUAACCAUAUUGAAAAUGGGCCACAAAUUCGUGUUUGUAACAAAAGAUCAUUAUUUCGAAAAAAAAAAAGUCGGUAGCGGAUCGGAUCGUAUCAGAUUGGCAAGACUAUAAAAAAAAAAUGAAUCAGAUCAGAAGCCAAAAAAUGUGGAUCGGGACAUCCCUAGUUUAUAUAUUAUGAACAGUGUUUAUUCUAUCAACUUUACUGUGCCUUUUGUUUAGUUUCAUGUGCAUUUUCUUCUGUUUUGUUGACUUUUUUGGUGCUAUUUCACAGUGGCAUGCUCUAAAUAAAAUAAAACACUAAA